CUAAAAACAUUAUGUUCUAGUUAGAGGUGAGAGUGGACAAACUAUUUUGACAAGUUCAAGAAAAUUGAGAGUGAGUCGGUUGCCUUAGCAACGCUGUUGCUUUAUGUUUUUUUUCUAUCAACUUGACUCAACUAUGACAUUCAGUUUCUCGCUAAUUCCUUGUGAGAAAAGUGUGAAGAGUUCAAAAAUUAUUCAAUUUUUAACGUGGAUCAACAAUGUUUUUAUUGGAAUAUUUAAUUGUGAAAUAGGAAUUGUAGUUUGCUAAUUUUGUAUGAUGGAUGGAAUUGCGGUUGAAGAAUCAUGUCAAUGUUGUCUGACUAAUAAUAACGAAAAUCAAAUUAGUCACGAUAACAAUAAACACGACGAAGGUCACUGGCACACAAUAACAAAAGAUUCAUUCGGUGUACCUGAAUGCGAAAAAAAAUCUCUCGGUCGACGCAGGGAUUUAAUUAAAAGCAUGAUAUGCGAACAAGUGUUACGAAAAAUAAAAGAUGACGAAGCCAUUGUCUACGAUGGUACUAAUCCUUCGGAAUAUAAUGACAAAUUUUGCGAUCCAAAAUUCAUCCCCUAUUUGGAUAAGCUUGUCGUCGAUGGAGACAUAUUAGCAAAGUAUCCAUUGUACUCUUCGAACAAUCAAACGAUCUACAAAGAUCAAAUUGAUAGAGGAAGUUUAAAAGCGCGUGCAGAAAUUUCGGAUCUCAAUGAACCUUUUCGAAAAAAGUGUACUUUCACUACACCACCGGAUCAGGCGAUUCGAGAGCCUACUGGUGGUUUCUGAAACGACUCGUCAAAAGUACCAUAAAUUUGCGUGUACUCCGUAUUAAUCGUGUUUUUUAUCGUAAAGAAAAAACGUAAAAUGUUGAUUUCCGGAACCAGAGUAUUUUUCAAAACCGGAUCACUUCGUUCAGAAGAGAUAACCUAACUGUUGAUAACACUGCGACUGGAUUAGAUUGCUGCUACCACGAUUUGCCAAGAACAUCCAUCUAUGAGCAUUCGCGGCAGUCUGCUUGCGUUGAGUGGGGGAAGCAUGCGGUUCGUCGAUGCAGCUUCGCGUUAUGCGUACAUUAGGCGGAGCCAGUGUCCCGCCGCUGUAUACAAAACAAGGGUCCGUGUACACAACUCGUGUUAUAAAAAAAAACAAACGUAGACGAAAAAUGGAGUUAUAGAUUUUUUUAUUCAAAGUAUAAAUAUAAAAAAAUUGUAUAAAGCUUCUUAAUAUUGGUAAUCGUGGUAUUUAAACUUAAGACAAGAAAUUACUGGGCUCUCAACAGAGCGGGGGUUGUCCUGU